AUGAAGAAGAGUUAUAAAUUAUAUUAUAGUUAUUGUUGUUGUUUGUUAUUAAUGAUUACAGUCCUUUAUAGUCUGAGGAGUGAUCAUCUAGUAGUAUAUGCUGAAGAAGAUAAUGAUAAUAAUAAUGAUGGAUUCAGUGAUCUAUCUGCAUCUAUAUUAAAAGACUUGGAACUUCUAGCAGGCCAUCAAACAACGAAUGAUGAUAAUACUACAACAACGAAUGAUACCAAUGCUACUGGUACAAAGGGACGCAUAUUCCCUCCCCUAAACUUGACCGUGGAGUUUAACAACUCGACAGUAUCACUGCCAUUGCAAAUGUACACAGAGAACCUCAAUGUAUCCAAUGUACAAAUGUAUGCGCCAUACGUAGAAUUCCCGCUGACAUUUAACUCAAAGAACAUGUCCUAUGACAUUGGUAUCACUGCCCAGAACUUGCCAAUGUCUAUCACUCUGCAACCAAACGCCACGGUGGUCCCGCUGACCUUGUCGAUCGAGGGCGACAACAAUAUCCCCAUUGCCAUAGAGGUAAAGAACUUCACCUCGCCGGUACUGAACUGGGUAGCGCUUGGACUGCUUGGCACACUCAAUGUCAUUGGCCUGGGAAUGAUCAUAUAUCAACAAACCGUACUGAUGAAUCUCCGUCGAAGAAUGGAUGACAUUGAAGUAUGCAAUGAUGUGAUCAAAGGAAGGAGAGUAAAAGUUGGUCAUCGUUGGUAUCAUUCCAUCAAUAACAAUGAUGAUGAAGAGAAUUCCGACAGCAGCAACAACAACAAAGCAAUAUCGGAACAACACAAGCAACUACAACAACAAGCGCCACAACUCUCCAACUUCUGUCUACUUUGCAGUCAAUGUGGACAAGUCAACGGAAGAACAAAGUUCUGUUUCAACUGUGGAAAUGCACUUGUAAGU